UAGCCGUAACGUCCCUCCCCUUUGACUGGAGCUUUUUUUUCGUCCUCAGCGUUCAGCGAACGUCGGCGCCAUAUUGACGAUUCCAACGUUUUCUGCAAAACCCGAAAAAACACCGAAUUUGUCAGAAUGCUGUACCUGGAGGACUACCUCGAAAUGAUCGAGCAGCUACCCAUGGAUCUCCGCGACAGGUUUACGGAAAUGCGAGAGAUGGACCUGCAAGUGCAGAAUGCCAUGGACCAGCUGGAACAGAGAGUUAAUGAGUUCUUUGCCAACGCUAAGAAGAACAAACCCGAGUGGAGGGAGGAGCAGAUGGAGGUUAUUAAGAAGGACUAUUAUAAAGCGCUGGAGGAUGCUGAUGAAAAAGUCCAGUUAGCCAAUCAAAUCUACGAUCUGGUGGAUCGACAUUUGAGGAAGUUGGAUCAGGAGCUUGCAAAGUUCAAAAUGGAGCUUGAAGCAGACAACGCCGGCAUUACAGAAAUUCUGGAGAGAAGAUCGUUGGAAAUGGACAGUCCUUCUCAACCUGUCAAUAACCAUCAUGUUCACUCGCAUGUCACCGGAGAAAAGAGGAAGUACAGCGCGCCAACCCACCACACUACUGAGCAUGUGCCAGAAAAGAAAUUUAAAUCCGAAGCUCUGCUCUCGACACUCACAUCAGACGCCUCCAAAGAGAACACGCCGGGCUGCCGGGUGAACAACACGUCCUCCUCGUCCAACAGCGUGUACAAUGUGAACAACUCCCAGUCUCUUUCCUCCUAUAAUUUGAGCUCUUUGCCAAUGGGUCCAGCUGCCGGUGCAGGGGCCAUCAGUAUGGCAGCAGCUCAGGCAGUGCAGGCCACAGCACAGAUGAAGGAGGGCAGGAGGACGUCAAGUAUGAAGGCUUCCUACGAAGCCAUCAAGAAUACUGACAUCCUGGGUCGGGACUUUGCUUCAAGCAGGGAGUCUUCUGGCUACAUGUCCUCGACUCUGGCCUCCACUCUCACACAGAACCUCAGCACCAGCAACAGCUCAGACUCCCGUGCAGGACGCAAGAGCAAAAACAACAAUAAGUCUUCCAACCACCAGUCCUCAUCAUCCUCAUCUUCCUCUUCCCUGUCGUCUUGUUCCUCUUCCUCGGCUCUGGCUCACGAGCUGGCCCAACAGACUGCGGCGCUACCAGAGAGCGACAGCAGCGGCCAAGUGGACUGGACUUACGAUCCAAACGAGCCCCGUUACUGCAUUUGCAACCAGGUGUCCUAUGGUGAGAUGGUUGGCUGCGAUAACCAGGAUUGUCCCAUUGAGUGGUUCCACUACGGCUGUGUGGGCUUGACUGAGGCCCCUAAAGGAAAGUGGUAUUGCCCACAGUGUACAGCAGCUAUGAAGAGGAGAGGAAGCAGACAUAAAUAGACAUUCAAUACCCCAGAGCUGACCCUGAAAAAACCUACCCAAAACACUCAACCCAAUCUCACUGCCUGAUUCUGUCCCCCUUUUCCUUCAUUUAAAAAAAAAAAAAAAAGAAAACCACACAAAAAAAGAAAGCAAAAAAACCCAACGGUGCAAGAGAAAUUUUCGAUGUGAUCUCCAGUUUGUGAAAUGUGAAAGAGCUUUGAGGAAAGUGUGCGUGUAAAUGUAAGACGUGACAUGACCUUUUAGUUAUUUUUUAUCUUCGAUUAAAGUCCUGAUUGGUAGGGGAGGGAUGUUGAUAUGCACCUGACCCUCAGACAUUCCUCAGCCUUUACCAUGCGUGAUGGUAGGGGUCAUGACCUCCAGCACAAAUUAGUGCAUCUCACUCCUAUUAAUCCAUAUUCACAGAGACAAGACGAACUCGGGAUGCGUGUCGAUAAACCAUGGAUCCUGGAAAUUCACCCGAAACUCCCAAAGCCUCCGAAUGAGAAGACUCUAAUGAUCAUUCUGGUGUUGUCUGGAAGUAUUUGUGUAUUCAGUACAACAGUAGAUUUUAAUCCAGGUCAUGGGGGUUCCCCCUGCACUGCUGAUUUGGUGUUUUUCUGCUCUAAAGUGCACAUUUUUUUGUUUAACUCAUGCAGAGUUCAGUAAUGAGCUGGUGAGUAGAUUCAGGUCUGUUGGGAGCAGAAACAACACUAAAUGUACCCUUAUGCUGGAGUACUCAAUGACCAGAAAUAUGGGAUACACUGCAGUAUACUGAAUUGUGCUUCACUUUGGGAUGAAACCUCAUAUCACCCAAGACAUCACACAUUUUAUGGAAUUUUGUGCUUAUCUGUAAGAAUACAUUUAUUUGCAUAUUAGUCAGGAUUUUAUUCAGCUGAAUGAUUGAGUGCACAAUAAAUAAAUAAAAACAAAAGGAAAUUGUGCACACCUUGCAGAUAAGCAUGAAUAUAUUUUUGGCAUUCCUUUAAAGCCAGGUGCUGCCGGGUGUACUAUAGAAAGAACACAGUGAUUGUUGGUGUGUGUAUGUGUGUGUGUGUUUGAUAUGAUGUGAUGUGUACAGAAUGUAUGUGAAUGUGUAGUCUGGCCUGCACUGAACUGGUGAUUCAAAUUUUCUUUUAUGCAGGAAAAAAAAAAAGAAUAAAACGAUCAAUAAUUUUUGCUA